CGAAACUAAAACAGACGAAGAAGAAGUCUAUCAAUUAUGCUUUUGGUUUAUUUCUUUGUAUUUCUUUGUUAUUGUUAUUAUUUCUUAGAAGAGAUAGUUAAUAGCGCCUGAUCCACACUCCACACCAGUAGGUGGCGGUAAUGCACCGUGAUGUUGUUUGCCAACCGCCAAUAAAACCCCAAGGAAGAAGAAGACGCAGAAGGAGACGAAGAAGAAGACUUGCCCAAGCAGCGUAGCUGUUGACAACGCCGGUGAAUCCAUCCAGCCUGUGUCAACAGGGAUGAUUCAGCUCCUUGCCCCACAUCUCCUCCUCACAUCCUCCCCUCUCCUCGUCACCCCCCUCCCGUUCCUCCCUCCUCUCCCCUGUCAGCCCUGACUCCAUCUUCUCCUCCUCCUCCUCUUCCUCCCCGACAAGGAAGGCUGAGUUUUGCGGGAGCCAUGGUGGACGUCAGCAAGUGGCCCCUGUUCUCUCUGCUGAGCCACGAGGAGCUGUCCACCAUCAGACAGGCGUGUGUGUUCGGGAUCUACGCGAACGAGGCUGUCUACAUCACACAUGCUAACGAGGCGUUUGUAUUCGGCUGUAACAGCAGCAGCUGCCUCGGCACAGGAGACAGCCUGAGCACCAUCGUGCCAAAGAAGCUGGACUUCCUGCGAGGGAAGAAGGUGGUCAGCCUGAGCUACGGUAGCGGGCCGCAUGUCCUGUUAUCCACUGAGGAUGGACAGCUGUUCGCUUGGGGACACAACGGCUACAGUCAACUGGGGAACGGGAACACGAACCAGGGGAUGUCCCCGGUGCUCGUCACGUCCAACCUGCAGAACAAGAAGGUGACGGAAGUGUCGUGCGGCUCGCAUCACUCCAUGGCUCUCACACACGACGGAGAGGUCUUCGCGUGGGGCUACAACAACUGCGGUCAGAUCGGCUCAGGAAACACAGCCAACCAGCCGUACCCCCGCAGAGUCACGGGCUCCCUGCAGGGGAAGAUCACCGUCAGCAUCACGUGCGGGCAGACGUCCUCCAUGGCUCUCAUCGACAACGGAGAGGUGUACGGCUGGGGAUACAACGGUAACGGACAGCUGGGGAUCGGUAACAACGGGAACCAGCUGCAGCCCUGCCGCCUCACUGCACUACAAGGGCUCUGUAUCUCACAGAUCGUGUGCGGCUACGGUCACUGCCUGGCGCUGACAGACGAGGGGUUGCUGCACGCCUGGGGAGCCAACACCUACGGUCAGCUGGGCACCGGCAACAAGAGCAACCAGCUCAGCCCGGUGCACAUCAUGCAGGACAAAGAGAGGAUUGUAGAAAUCGCAGCAUGCCAUUCAACUCAUACCUCAGUAGCCAAAACACAGAGUGGGCAGGUGUACAUGUGGGGUCAGUGUCGGGGUCAGCUCAUCGUCACGCCGCACCUCACACACUUCACGAACACCGACGAUGUCUUCGCCUGCUUCGCCACUCCCUCCGUCAUGUGGAGGCUCACGUCUAUGGAGCAUGACGACUUUCUGACCGUGACGGAGGCUCUGAGGAAAGAGUUCGACAGUCCGGAAACGGCGGAUCUCAAAUUCAGCGUCGACGGCAAAUGCAUUUACGUGCACAAAGCAGUGCUAAAGAUCAGGUGUGAGCAUUUCCGCUCCAUGUUCCGCUCCCAGUGGACCGAGGAUCAGCAGGACGUCAUCGAGAUCGGACAGUUCUCCUACCCCGUCUACAGAUCCUUCCUCCAGUUCCUCUACACGGACACCGUCGACCUCCCGCCCGAGGACGCCAUCGGCCUGUUGGACUUGGCCACCUCGUACUGUGAGAACCGGCUGAAGCGUCUUUGUCAGCAGAUCAUCAAGAGAGGAAUCACAGUGGAAAACGCCUUCACGCUGCUGUCAGCAGCCAUACGAUACGACGCUGAGGACCUGGAGGUGUUCUGCUUCCGGUUCUGUGUGAACCACCUGACUCAGGUGACUCAGACGGGAGCGUUCUGGCAGGUGGAUGGAGGCAUGCUGAAGGAGUUUAUCAGCCGAGCGAGCCGCUGCGGAGCCUUCAAGAACUGAGCGGUACUUGCACAUUUUUACAAAAACUGCACUCUUGACGAGUGGACGCGGCGUCGCCCAGGAGGCGUCGCCGCUCCACGAGUAGCCGUUCUGAUCACAUUCCUCAGAGAGAGUCUCUGUUUGCAUGAAAAAAAAAGCACUUUUGGAGUCGCUCAUUAAAGUUCUGGCGCCUUCUUCCGUAUCCUUUACAUGCCGGACAUAUAUACUUGAAUUUUUUAGCUUUCUCGGCCAGCCAGCGCUUACAUGUUUGGAAACGGAUAAGUUAAAGCUGCAGACAAGCAGGUGAAACAACUAUCGAAGAAAUGAGCUCACGAUGGCGGACGAGCAACACUUCCACUGAUCUGAAACACAAGUUUGAGUUACAUUCACAGUCAGGUUUGUUAUCGUUCGUUUCUGGGCUGUGUGUUCAGGCAGAUGUAGCUCUAGGAUCAAAUACGGGGACAGAAACUUUGGAAAUUUGAAGCUUUAAGUGGAUACAAAGAAGCUGAUAUGUGCACAUUUUGGACAUGCAGGACCAUUUUUUUGCUCUGAGACUGUUCAUUCCACCUGAUGUAAAUCUUUGGCACUUUAAAAACUGCAUUUCCUCUUACUCUACUCGAUCAAACAACGACAGGUCAACUUAUUUUUACUGCUGUGGCGAGGGAAGGCGGGGUCAUAAAAUGUUGCACUAGAAAUGCUACAAAGUAGAGGAAACGUUUGACUUAUUGUUACACUCCUUUUAUGCAAUGUGAAACUAUCACAGGUAUCUUAAGGUGGGUUGUGUGUUCCCACAUGUUACAAAUAUUCCUUACUAUACUGGAACCUUCAACAAAUUUGCAACACUUGCUGCACAUUUGUUAAUUCAUCAUGUUUUCUGCAGUUUUUCUUCUGCAGAAGCAACAAAAAUGAGCUCAAGCAAUAUAAAAAUAUAACAUUUUGUAAGACGCUGCUUUAUUAAUCUGUUUCUCUAGUUGUAAAAUGACCAAGAACAGCCUGCAGGUUGUAUUCCCCCCCUUUUCUUUCAUGUUAGAGUUGAUUUGCAGGUUGAGAUUCAUUCAGGUGAGAGAGCAGCUGUUUCAGAAUCCGGAGCAGGUUUACACUUCUUCUCUCCUUUUAUGUGUAAAGCGAACCGGGGUGAAAAGGUUUG